CUAAGGAUAGAUCACACCAUUGUGAUUCUUGAUGCAGCCAAUAGAUGGAAAGGAGUCCAUGUAUAUAUUAUUAUAAUCACGUUGUUAAUGUGAGUUGUAGUUUGGUUUCAGUUUCCUGCAACCAACUAAGGCAGAAAAGUUUGAUUUAAGGGAAAGGGUUUCAUUACCUUAUCACUGACAAUGGCUACUCAACAGGGCAUGAGAACACAACAAGUGCUGGAAAGUGACACGGUUUUCAGAGAACGUGCUCUCACAAUUAUUCACGAAAUGGUGGAAAUGAGCAACACUUCUAAUGAUAUAGACUAUGCUACACAAUUAGUGGAUGAGGUUCUUCACAGCAUCUUCUUUCUGGGAAAGAUCAAUGACCCGCGAUUUUUCCCAGAAAAGAUUAUGAAAGAUGAAGAAAUGUUAAAUGAGUUGAAGGUGAACUACCCUCGGCCUUUUGAUCUCUAUUCCUCUCGACUACCCAGGCGGAGUCCAUUUUCAUGUGUGCUUGACAUGGUUGUUCACCUGACUGGUGAAAGGAACGAAGAUACAAUAAUAAACAGGCUGCGAGAGCUCUACCAUCAACUGUCUGACAUUACAAGCACUGAGAGCCCAGAUUCAGUCAGAUACUAUGGAGUCUCCAUGUCCACAUGUGGGAAGACUCCUGGGCAAAUCAUGGUUGCUGCCUGCUGUUUUGGUUACUGGGACAGUGAUAUAGCUGAUGCAGUGAUGACCCGCUACCCCGGCCGAAUGUCAAACUGUGAUGCAACCAUCAAACUUCCAGAGAAAAAAGAGAAGAAGCUGAUGAGAAAAGCAAAAUGUGGGUUUGUGGCAACUGUGCUGAAGUGGAAAGUGUAA